CCGGGCGAGUUGUUGCCGGAAACGAACCCGGACCUGAGGCUGCCGGAAGCGGAGCGCCCGCUGCCCUGCGGCCCUGGCAGCCGCCUCGGCCGCUCUCGUCCGGAGGUUCCAGGCGAUCUCCUGAGAUGGCGAGCACAGCCGCACCUACAGCCGCAGUCCCCACCCUAGAUCCGCCUUUGGAGCAGAUCCGGCGCUUGGCAGUGGAGCUGCGGUUGCUCCUGCCUGGCGUGCGGGUUGGCGAAGCCCGGGAGACCACCAAGGAGUUUAAUGCUGAGACGUUUUGGAGGAGACUCAACCGGGCAGCAGAGAACGUGUCGAGGGAAGCCACGACCCUGACUGAAGUCUUCUCUCGAGUUCCACUGCCCUCUCCGCAGGAAACCCAGAGGUUCUGUGAACAAAUCCAUACUGCCAUCAAGGAAAUCAUUACAGUAUACUAUUCACUUCCCAAGGAUCAAGGAAUCACCCUGAGAAAGCUGGUACGGAAUGCCACUCUGGACAUCGUAGAUGGAAUGGCUCAACUUGUGGAUGUGCUUUUCAUAACUCCAGCUCAGAGCCUAGAGAACAGUGACCUUAUUUCCUACAACAGUGUCUGGACUGCAUGCCAGCAGGUACCUCGAAUACCAAAAGAUAACAAAGCUGCAGCCCUUUCAAUGCUGACGAAGAAUGUGGAUUUUGUGAAGGAUGCACAUGAGGAAAUGGAGCAGGCCGUAGAAGAAUGUGACCCAUACUGUGGCCUCUUAAAUGACACUGAGGACAACUCUGACAACAAUGGUGAUGAAGAGAAUGAUGGGUUGGGGUAUCCAAACAAUCGGGACUUAUAUUGGUCAGAAGAAGAUCAAGAGCUCAUAAUCCCGUGCCUUGCACUGGUGAGAGCAUCCAAAGCCUGCCUGAAGAAAAUCCGGAUCUCAGUGGCAGAGAAUGGUAAGAAGGAUCAGGUGGCCCAGCUGGACGACAUUGUGGAUAUUUCUGAUGAGAUCAGUCCUAGUGUGGAUGAUUUGGCUCUGAGCAUAUAUCCACCUAUGUGCCACUUGACUGUGCGAAUCAAUUCUGCGAAACUUGUAUCUGUCUUAAAGAAGGCACUUGAAAUUACUAAAGUGAGUCAUGUGACCCCACAGCCAGAAGAUAGUUGGAUCCCUUUACUCAUCAAUGCUGUUGACCAUUGCAUGAACAGAAUCAAGGAACUUACUCAGAAUGAACUUGAAUUGUGAGUUUUUAGGCUCAUUUGUAUUCUUUUCUCUCCUUCCCUUACUAUCACAGGUAGCCUCUGAAGUCUGCUUUUAAAACAGAGCUAGAAUGCUCUCUAGAUCAAAAAGGAGUUCCUGUCUAUACUUGUUCAGAGACAUUAUUACCAAAGAUUAUUGGUUAGGCCAGACUGGCAGUUAUUUAUAAACUGUAUGAGUAUGAUAUAUUUUUCUGUGCUAGAUAAAAAAGGCAAUUGCAUGAGUUUGUGUUCCUGAAUGGUAUUUCAGAGAUUCCUGCAGAAGCUGCCUCAUUCCCUAUUUGCAGUAAAGUGUGUUGUUUGAUGUUAAACAUGUUGUUAGUCAAAAAAAAAAAAAAAAAAAAAAAAAAACAUGUUGUUAGUCUUAAUAAAAUGCUGACCUGCUGGUAGUUCAAUAAGUAUUCUUCCAAAGUUUCUUUCUACCAGAAAUACAAUGGAUUCAGACUAGCAUAUCGCCUUUAUUUGGAUUUAUAGGUCUAAAGAUUUGAUUCUGAUCAGGACUGAAUUUAGAACAAAAACACUUGACUUUAAUUUAUUUAGAGAUGACUUCAAAGCCCCGUUGAGUGCUUCAGUGUGUUAUAUAAUAUCCUUAUUCUUAUAAUUAAGUCCUUCUGAAUAUUAUUGCAUCCAUGCUUCUAAAAUUAUUUUUUUGGUAUUGAGCUCACAUAUUAGGUUUGUCCACUUUAUUGAGCAGAUUUGUUUUUCUUACAUAUGUUUGUAUUAUUGUUAUAUAUUACAUGUCUCUCCAAAUGUAAGUACAAAAUUUUUAUAAAUCAAAACUUUGUAAGUGUAUUAAAAUAGGUUAUAUAAUUUUAAGGGCCUUUUCAGUUUAAGGGCCUUUUCCUUUUGCACAACCAUCACCACUUAAUUAUAAUUUUGCAUGUGUCUAGAAGAUCACAUAUUGGAAAGCAAGAUAAACCUGUAUGAUGUGUAUUCUGGUGACCUGACUUGGGUUUUAUGCAUGUACUGCGGGUCUCCACAACAUCUAAUGCCAGUCCUUUUCCUUGCAUAGAUGUAACUUAGCCCAUCUGCCCUUCCGAUGUCUCCAUGGUCUUUUUAGGUAUAAUCAGCUAUAGCAGUCAUUCUUUUGAGCAAAUAGUGUAUACUUGGGUUGAAAUUCCUUAUGUCAAAUGAGUUUUAAUUUACUCUUAUCAAGUGCCAUUUUGUACUUGUAAUAAGAGUCAGAAAGAGAAGGAACUAAAGUCAGAGAGUGUCAAAACAAGUAAUGUAAACCAAAAAAAAAAAUAUAUAUAUAUAUAUAUAACUUUGUACAAAA